AGUGAGAGGGAGGGAGAGCGUCGCGCCAGCGCAGAGAGGCACGGAGCCGCAGCAGAGAGCAUCAAAGUUCCUUCGCCAGGAGAAACCAAAGAUCCAGCGGUUUUUGAACGGUGACAUCCUGGUGGUGCAGCAAACAGCAAACGGAGCAGUUUAUCCUCGGGAACGGACAUAAAAUGAGACGGUUACCUGGUUCUGGAUUGGAUCAUAUUACGCUGCUGCGACUUUGACACGGAGUUGCGCAGGCAGAGCCCGGGACUUCUCUGCUGGAGGAAUUUCAGGCUCCUCGAAUAAAACUUGAGCUGUUCAUCCGGGAGCGAGAGAACACGCUCAACCAUCCUCUGCUUCUGCGGGAAGGACAGCUGACGCACCACUAGCACCAUGGAUGAGGAACAGUGCUACUUCAACGAGACCAUUGCCUUUUUCUACAACCGCAGCGGUAAACACCUGGCCACGGACUGGGACACGGUGAGCCGGCUGGUGAUGGGCCUGGGCAUCACCGUCUGCAUCUUCAUCAUGCUGGCCAACCUGCUGGUGAUGGUGGCCAUCUACGUCAACCGCCGCUUCCACUUCCCCAUCUACUACCUGAUGGCCAACCUGGCGGCGGCCGACUUCUUCGCCGGCCUGGCCUACUUCUACCUGAUGUUCAACACGGGGCCCAACACGCGGCGCCUGACCGUGUCCACGUGGCUGCUGCGCCAGGGCCUGAUCGACACCAGCCUGACGGCGUCGGUGGCCAACCUGCUGGCCAUCGCCAUCGAGCGCCACAUCACCGUGUUCCGCAUGCAGCUGCACACGCGCAUGAGCAACCGCCGCGUGGUGGUGGUGAUCGUCAUCAUCUGGACCAUGUCCAUCGUCAUGGGGGCCAUUCCCAGCGUGGGCUGGAACUGCAUCUGCAGCAUCAGGUCCUGUUCCAACAUGGCGCCGCUUUACAGCAACUCCUACCUGGUGUUCUGGGCCGUCUUCAACCUGGUGACCUUUGUUGUCAUGGUGACACUGUACGCACACAUCUUCAUGUACGUGAGGCAGAGGACCAUGAGGAUGUCGCGGCACAGCUCUGGGCCGCGGCGGAACCGCGACACCAUGAUGUCCCUGCUGAAGACCGUGGCCAUCGUGCUGGGCGCCUUCAUCGUCUGUUGGACCCCCGGCCUCGUCAUCCUGCUGCUCGACGUCUUCUGCUCGAGCUGCAACGUGCUCAGCUACGAGAAGUUCUUCCUGCUCCUCGCCGAGUUCAACUCCGCCAUGAACCCCAUCAUCUACUCGUACCGGGACAAGGAGAUGAGCGCCACCUUCAGGCAGAUCCUGUGCUGCCAGCGGCAGGAGAACAUUAACGGGGCGGCGACCGAGGGCUCCGACCGCUCGGCCUCGUCCGUCAACCACACGGUGCUGAGCGCCGGCAUGCACCACCACCACAACGAGCACUCGGUCGUAUAAGGCUGAGAGACGACUGAUGCAGGACAAGAACAAGAUGUGCAGAAAGGUUGAGAAGGAAGGUGCAGCAGAGACGCUGGAUGGAACGACUGGAAGAGUGCGAGAACAGGGACAGGGUCCUAGUGUUUGUGUUCAGUUUGUUUUCUAUUUGUGAGAAGUGUGUGGCUAAUAUUUAAAGGUGACCUGUGAAAUGAAGGUGAUGCCAGUAUAGACGUCUUUCUACCAUGUAGCUCCAGACACUAGCACGCGGUUCCUCUCUGCUGCAGGAGCGAUUCAUCACAAGCUGCCACGCUUUUUGCUUUUUUUUGGUUUUCAGACUGAAUCUAGGGAAACUCAGUGUAGUUCUCGUUGGACCUCUAUGAAGCCUGAGGUCAGUAUUUUGGUCAAGUACAACAAUAUGAGUUUUACAAGCAGUGACCAAGUUAAACUAAACUGUGCUCAUAAAAUAUUAAACCUUGAUAUAUUUAGGACUUUUACUGUUGCACCACUCCCUUCGGAUGUUAUCAGCCAUAACGAAUGGGCUGAUCAGAACUUAUCAGCGCAUUCGUACGGGCCAGUAGGUGCCUGCUCUGCCUCCUCGCUAACAGCUAACAGCUAGCUAAGUUGCUAUGUUAAGCAGCUUCAGAGGUUAUUGUGGUUAGGGUUAGGGCUGGAUAACGGGUGGGGGGUUCAGGUUACAGUUAGCUAACACAAUACCGCUAGCUACUUGCUAAGUUAUGCUCGCUAAUAAAUCAAAAUCAAAGACUUCAACCUCUCGUCUGAACAACAACCGCUCAACAGCGCCCCUACUGACUCUGCUGGUUAAAUCAUCCGAGCCGUGAUCAACCUUACGGAUCAAUGACAGCGAUCUACCGCACCUAGUCACCGCUGCCAGCAGGUAGAUGGGCACCUACCGGCCCAUACGUAUGGGCUGAUAACCACUGAUAAUGACCAUUGAAUGGCGUGAUAACGUCCGAAGCCGCUCACUGUUGAUUCAUCAUAGAUUCAAAGCUUCAGUGUCCAUUUCUGAUCUUCCUGUGAUGUCAAACACUAAAAUGCUUCAAGGCCUUCUAGCUCCUGCCAGUGUCUUCACUUCCAAUGACCAAACCUGUUAAAGGAGGAGGAUGUUGGCUUCAGAAAAGUCUCUGUGCCUCAAUGUUACAUAGAGACAAGGAGAAGGUCGGUGCCAUCAGAACUGAUGUUUAUGAUGGUAGCAAGCAACAAAAGGGAACAUUUAUUUGUAAAAGUCCAUUUGACAGCGGUGCUACUGUACGAUAACAGACUCUAAACCACCAAAACUGAAGUGAAUCCCCCUGAGGGAGCGCGACGAUGACGUACAUGCUUCUGCAGCCUCCCUGCUGUGAGCUUCUCUCCCCUCUGCUCUCGCUACAGCUAUUUUUCACCCAACAUCACGCCUUGCUCCAUUUCUGCCUCCUGAGAGAAUUCCCAUCCAUAGGGAGUAAAACCCUCUGCUCUGCAUCGAUUAUGGCCGUAUAUGGAAAAAAGGUCACUGCUUUUAAUUUAGUCCUCAACCAGGAAGAAGCAUAAGUCUUAAAAUAUGACGUCAUUUAUACACGUCAUGUCAUGUCAUAAUUUAUUGUUUACCACAACUUUAUAGGAUGUUUACAGUAAUAAAACAAAGGUUUUCAUUGUCAAAUACACCAGUUUGCUGCGACACUCUGAAUCAGUGAAAGGCAACAGCCUGACUUUACUUCCAGAAGAGCCUUAAUUGAUUUGUGAACACUUAUUGUUGACAAAGGUCCCAAAACGCCAGGAUCUUCAUAUUUCAGCUUUCACAGCCGUCGACUCAGCGCUUCUCAUUCACUCCAUCUGUAUUUUAAUUUAUAUUUCUACCUUUCGAUUCAGGUUGUAUAUCAAACCAACUUAACUUUGUUUACCAGUGAGUCACACUUUCUAUACCAUUGUAAGUACGUGUGUACAGUAUGUCUGUAUAUAAAAUAUAUUAUUCAGAGUUAAUCACCAAAGGGAACGUGUUUUUGUGUUUGUAAAUUUAGCGGUUUUAUACGUUGUUGCAAAGUACUGUAGGUUUGUGUUCAUGUGUUUUCAUGUCAUUGACUCCCAUUAAUGAACUUCCAUUACAAGCUUUUACAGUUCUAAGUUGUUGCUGAACCAAAACUACAUAUUUAUGUGUGCAGUGCCUUCUAGUUGCUGUGUGUGUUGCUAACACUGUCGUCCAACAGCUGCCUUACAGUUAAUGUGAGUCUGGACCAAUAUGUUGCUUUUGUAGCACAUUUUUACUAGAAAGCAUGUUUUUUUUUUGUUUUGAAAACAAAAGGGGAGCGAAUGCGUGGUUUGUUAUUUAUUUUUGUCAACUAAAUAAAACAACACAAAACAACAAAGGGGAAACAUGCACCGCUGGUUUUGUGACGCUAAAAAACGGCUUGUUGUUUUCUGCAUGAAUGAGAUAAGACGCUUUUAAACCCAAGGGGAACUUUGCAGACGGCCGUGUUGUGACUGACGCGCUGCAAACGGCUCUGCAGGAACGUUGUCUGCAGCUGAUAAGUAGAUGUGUGUUGCGCUUGUGUGCUGGACCCACCAUGAUUCUUUAAGUGGCCUCGUGGUCGACCCGGCAUCUAACAGACCAGAUCCAAACAUCACGCACCUGUCGACAGUACGUGAUACAGGCAUUAAUGUGAUUUCCAUAUCUACAGUGUAUGAAUGUCCCCUCAGACUCAUAGUGUUUUACUGCAGCAACAAUAAAGACGUAUACAAAGA